AUGCACCAGCCAAGUGCAUCACAUCAAUUGUGUGGUGGGUUGAUGGAAUCUUUGAUGUUUGUUCGUGACACCAAACAAUGGUUCUUUGCACAUGGUCAUAGAACUGUGCAGAUUCGAAAUAUCAAGCAACCCAACAACAAUCUAUUGCUUGGCUAA